AUGAAAGUUUCCAUCUUGGCCACAACAGUCUUGUCUGCUAGCAUAGUGUCUGCAGCUGCCACCCCAAAAAUCGUGGCCACUCCAUCCUCGGAAGAGUACCACGUCGACCUUGCUGAAAGAGGCAUAGUAGACUCCCUCAUUUCUGGAGUGGUCGCUGAAAUUCCAACCAUCAUAGGAAGCAUUGACUUCGAGGGCAUCGCUGGCUUUGCCAACAGAUUGUUGACUGAAGAUGACAACGUCAAGUACUUGGAUAACGUCUUGGUUGGUUUAAAGAACACCAACUUGCUUCCACAAGCCGCAGUCUUCAUCGUAUCCCACGACUACACUAGACAAAUUGCUGGCACCGUAUUGAACGAAGGGUUGGCCAUUGCUGGUAAAGUCAACUCCACCAACCUUUUCGUUGCCUUGGACAAGUCUGGCUUGGCUUAUGGCUUGGUCGCAUCCACCUUGGAAGACCCUAACCUUUUCCCAUUCACUUUGAACGUGGUCAAGAAAUUAAUUGCUUCAGGGGCUAUUAAUUUCGGUUCUAUCCUUGAUGCUGCCAAGGGAAUUCUCUUUAGCAAGAGAGAUAUUUUGGAGAUGGCCCCAAAGAAUGACUUCGCUGCCAAGUUUGAAAAGAGAGACAACAUCGAAGACUUGUUGACCACCGUCUUCUCUUCGGUUGAAAGAUCUAAAUUGGUCGAAGAAACCGUUUCUCAAUUGCUUGCCGACCCACAAUUCGAAGAUGCUGCUGCCGUCAUCCUCGAGGGAGUUUUCAGCAACUUGAGUGCUACCAUUUCCGGUCUUGAUUUCGCAGCCUUGCAACCACUCUUGACCUCCCUCAUCCAAUCUGGCUUGUUGGAAGACGUCAUUUCUCAAGCCUUGCACGACCAACAGCUCUUGAGCGCCGUUAUUUCCAACAUUGGCCACUUGUUGGCCGGCGGACAAAUCUCUGCUAGAGAUUUAGUUUCUGAUGAAGUCGCUGCUUCUUACGGUAUUUACACCAGAGAUGUCGCCAACACCACCAACGCCACCACCCCAGUCGUUUUGGAGAACGGUGCUGCUUCCUUUGGUGCCUCUACCCUUUUGGGUGCCUCUGCCUUUGCCGCAGCUUUGCUUAUCUAA